AUGUCAUUCAUCAAAGGUGAGUUUGGAGGACAAACAAGAAAUAGAACUUGUGGCUUAAAUACAACGUAUUGUAAGCAUUACCGUGAGCCAACUAAUGUGAUUGACAAAAUAUUAUGCGAGGGUGUGUGUCCAAAAGACUAUACUGCAACAAGUCAUGGUUUCUGUUUGAAAUUUUACGACAAAGAAAGACUAGCCAGAGACGAUGCUGAACAAAUCUGUCAACGUGAUGGAGGACAUCUUGUUAACGUUGAUUCUGAGAUGAAAGUAAAAGAUGUGAAUGAAACAAUUCUUGAUAAAAACUUUUCUUCUUCUAAUAUAUGGAUUGAUGGAAGAAAAUCAGUACAAGGUGAUCCUUGGACUUACGGCUACAAGUCAUCAGAUCCGUCCUUCACCUUUUGGGGAGAUAAUGAUCCAGAUAACGGUUCAAGUGAUUUGUGCAUUAACUAUUACUAUGCGUCAAAUACGAAUAACCUUUGGCGAUGGUUCGAUAAUUCAUGUUCUGGAAACUUUGCUUUUGUUUGCCAAAUACAGUGA